AUGGCCACUCCCACUACAAUAACAGAAAAAGAUGUUCUCUCACUACCUGACGAAAUUAAAAAGAUGAAGAAGAGUAAACUUAUUGAAUUUUUACGAAGACAGGAAGAGCUAGAACUCAAAGAGGAUGAACUUAUAAUAUUUGAAAAACAAAAGGUUUCUGGUCAAGACUUUCUCCUUCUGACUAAAAAAGAACUUAUAGAAGCAUUUAAUCUUCCAGUAGGAACAGCCAUAAGAAUUGCAGACUUUAUCAAUGAACUCAAAAAACUUCAAGAUGGAUGUGGCCUUGGUGGUGCACCUGUUCUCAUUGGUUCUCAUCUGCCCCCAAAUGACUCACUAUGGAAGCGCAUUCAAAAACAAGGAUAUGAGGUAACAGUGUAUGAUCAGAAUGCUGAAAACCGUGAGAAGAAGGUUGAUAUGAAAAUUGGUGUCUCCAUAAUGUAUACCAUUCAAAAUUAUAAUCCUGGUAUAUUAGUGCUAAUUGCUGGUGAUGGUGACUAUGUUCCAGUAAUAGAUGAAGUUUUGAAUAAAGGAUGGGCAAUCGAGAUAUGGUUCUGGAGUUCUGGAAUGUCUAAGGAUCUUAAAUCAAAUGUGCUUUUCAAACCUUUGGAUCUUUAUUAUAAGUAUUUCUCAUGUGGCUAUGGACCUGAACCUACUGGAAAAAAACAAGUUCUUGAAAUCACUGAUGGUGAUACAAUUCGGGAUUGGAGGGACAAAGAGGUGAUGGAGUGUUUUACAGCUUUGAACUUAUUCUGUUGGUGGAACUGGUUAGAUGAAACCUUAUGUUUAUAUUUUGAUAAUCAGGAGAAUUUGGAGAGGGCAAAGCAUUGGUUGGAG